AUGUUUGAAAUUAUUAAUUCGUCUUCCGAACCUUCAUUUUGUCCUAAAUCAUUAAACACCUUGUAUUUCAUGCCUUCAUACUUACGAAACACGCCAAUAGAUGUAUACAAUAAAACUGCUAAAGAUCCGAUAUUUCUGCCAUCUCAAUGGAAUCCCGAUGAUUCCUCUAAUUAUAUUGAAGUUACGGAGAACGGAUUAGGACUUCGUUACAUUGGAACGGCAUAUGUAGGAAUUGACUAUGGGGAAUUCUAUCCCAUGGUUGGAUUAAUUACUACAAAUGAAUCGAUUGAGGCUAACUUCGGGGGAAAACCUUUUAAAUAUGAUAUAUCAUUUCAUGCCAAGAUUGUUUUUGAUCAUGCAAUAGAAAACGACCUUCGCAUAGAACAAGAACCGCCUGUGGAUUACUCGAUUGAUGAUAUAAUGCCCCCGCAAUUUUACUGUGAUAAUUGUGGCGCAUAUUAUUGA